CAUCUUGGGCAGCCUGUCUUUCCCAUGAUGCCUUGCAGGUCCACGCGUUUCGUCACGCACUAAACAAGGAAUCCAAGAUGGCAAUGCAAAGUCAGAGAAAGGCGAAUGUUCGCCUGCCUCCAGAAGUCAAUAGAAUACUAUAUAUAAGAAAUCUUCCAUACAAAAUAACAGCCGAAGAGAUGUAUGAUAUAUUUGGAAAAUAUGGAGCGAUCAGACAGAUAAGGCUUGGUAACGCCCCAGACACAAGAGGAACAGCAUUUGUAGUAUACGAAGACAUCUUUGACGCCAAAAAUGCCUGUGAUCAUUUGUCAGGGUUUAAUGUGUGCGGCAGAUACCUUGUUGUUCUAUAUUAUCAAUCAAAUAAGGCAUUCCAAAAAUUAGACAAAGAGAAGAAAAAGCAGGAAUUAGAAAAGAUGAAGGAGAAAUAUGGUAUCAAUCAAGACAAGUAGCAACCCCAUCUACAACUGUACAUAUAUACCAUUCUUUUAUGCUGUAAAAUAGAACAGAAAUAAAAAGAACUCAAAGCUAA